AUAUUAAUAUAGAAAUUAAUGUUGAGAAAGUUUAAAAUAGCAUGUAUUUAAAAUGCAAUUACUGCCACUAAAACCUAAACAUUGGCGUUAGUUUAAGACUAAAUCAAAGAAGCAGCAAUCCAAGGAAGUAAAGUCUGCAUUCUUGGAGAAUGCUUUAAUAGUUACUAUGUAAAAGCGUAGCUUUAAAACAAUGCUGAAGAUUUUGGGAAAACUGGAGAAAGGUAAACACUUGAUCUAAUAAGCGAAAUUUCAAAAUAAUUUGGAAUUAUGAUUAUUGGAUCAAUUCCUGAAAAGAGUGGAGAUAAAAUGUACAAUACAGCAUUUUGUUUCAACAAUGGUUAGUUGUUAGUAACAUAUCGAAAAACUCAUUUAUUUGAUAUAGAUAUUCCAGGAAAAAUAACAUAUAAAGAAUCUUUAACAUUUUCAGCAGGUGAUAAUUAUAAAAUAGUGGAUACAGAAUAUGGUAAAUUUGGAAUAGGAAUAUGCUAUGAUAUUCGUUUUCCUGAAUUAGCUUAGGUCAUGAGAGAAAAAGGAUGCCAUUUUUUAGUUUAUCCUGGAUCAUUUAAUCUUACAACAGGCCCAUUACAUUGGGAAUUAUUAUUAAAAGCUAGAGCAGUUGAUUAUUAAUGUUAUGUUGCAGGAGUAUCAUCUGCCCGAUAUAUGGGAACUGAUGAAUCAAUAUACAAAGCUUGGGGCCAUUCAACAUUUUUAGAUCCGAUGGCUAAAGUGCUGGCUACAUGCGAACAUGAUCCAUCUGUAAUUAUCAGUGAGGUUGACUUAGAUUACUUGGAAUAGGUUAGAUAACAAAUUCCUGUAUCUUAAUAAAGAAGAAAUGAUAUUUAUGAAUUAAUUUGCAAAAAAUGA